AUGGUCAACAUCACAGCUCCAGAUGAUAUCGUGUGCUACAAGUCCAACCAUACACUGGAAUGCACAUUUGAGGGGACAGCAACCAGCACUGGCUGGAAGUUGAUCAGGGAACACAAGCAUUUGGAGCUCAAGAAUGGUACUCUGGUGACUCUAACCAAGUGCCAUAUCGAUUCGAAAAACAGUUCCUGUAUUGCAGUUAAACUCAAGGAAGUGACUGGCACCGGGUCAGGUACAUAUGAGUGUCAAUUCACUUUUGGGUCAGUCAAUCACACAGCCAAGGCAGAACUGAAAGUGGCACUCCUGCCUGAAAAGAUCACCAUGAAAAUUGAUCCACCUGUAGCAGACUGUUCAGACAGCAGUAACUUAGAAGUGCCUGUGAUUGUGAAUGUGACUGCUACAAUCCAAAAUAGCAAUGAGAGCUACAACGUUUCGUGGCAGUUCCCUGGAGCGGGGCUAAGUAAAGGAUCCAAACCAGCUUCUGAAGGUACCCUGGUCUUUUCUUUCAAGUCUGAGUUCUCAUGCAAGAAAAUGAAUGAAACAAAAUGGGAAGUCAGUUUUAAAAACCAAAAAGGACAGACGAAAAAUGAAAGCGUGGAUAUCCUAGUGAUUAGUGCGUCGGAAAAAUUUUGCGCUGUACAUGACAAAUGGCCAAAAACCCCAGAAGGAGGUACAGUGAUUAAUCAGUGUGAAAACGGCAAGACUGGUUACAAGUCUCGUACUUGUGGUAAAGAUGGCGAGUGGCAGACAGUGUUCUCCUCAUGCAUCAGCGCAGAGAUGACGAAAGUUAUAGAUGCAGCAGAGCUCUUCAAGACGGGCAUAGGGGCUACACAGGAAGCAGCCAUGGAGAUCUUUGAAUCACUUAAGAACACCACUUCAUCUAAAUCCAGUGACGACUAUGCUGGAAUCAAUGCUUCUAUCAGCAUAAUAAAUAUAAUGGCCUCUGGAUCAGAAAACAUCACCUUGAAGGAAGAAGUCUUUGAUGAUUUUCUUAAUGUAGCGAGCAAUUUAUUGACCAACAACUGGACCGGAGUCAACUCAUCUAUAACAUAUGACAUGUCAUCACAAUACCUUUACGGUGUGGAGAAUCUGGUGAAGAACAUCCAAGUGAACGACACUUUGAAUAUCUACAAACCAAACUUGGACCUCAAAGUCUCAAAAGGGGACUGUAAUAUCUCUGUGUUAAAUGUCACUGUUAAACUCAACGAGACUGGCGUUCAGUUCAAAACUGUUGGUGUGAGAAAUCUGAUGGAUAAAUUAAAUAACAGUUUUAAACCAACAUCAACAGCUCCGCAUAACCUUUUACUAAUAGUCACAAAGAACGGCAGUUCUUCUACCGAGAUUACAAUGGACUUCCCCAUCAAGAAGCUGAACGACACACAAAAACUACACUGUGUCUUCUGGGACACCAAUAAAAAGGACUGGUCAGACACAGGUUGCAGAGUUGAACGUGAUAGUAAUCACACUGAUGGUAAUCACACACUCUGCAAGUGCAACCACCUGACUUCAUUCGCUGUCCUCAUGUCCAAGUCCGAUACACCUAACCUCGACCUAGAUACCAUUACCUAUGUUGGCCUGGCAGUAUCCAUCUGCUCUCUGGUGAUCCUCCUCAUCAUUGAGGCUCUCGUGUGGUCUGUUGUGGUCAAGACUGAUCUCUCAUAUUUCCGUCACACAACACUGGUGAACAUCGCUGUGUUCCUCUUGCUCGCUGACUGCAGUUUUUUGGCAUCUAUGUCACCUGAGAAUCUCAGUGCUCACUGGUGCUUAAUUUUGACCUUAUGCAAACACCUAUUUUAUUUGGCCAUGUUCAGCUGGAUGCUGUGCAUGAGCGUCAUGCUCAUCCACCGGCUCAUCUUUGUCUUCAACCCGCUAAGGAAAAGAGUCUUCAUGUUCCUAUCCAGUAUCGUAGGCUACGGUUGCCCAGUUCUCAUUGUGGGAAUCAGCUAUGUGUAUUGCAGAUACAACGAGAAGGAAUACUAUAACAAGGCCACAUGCUGGCUAGUUUUUGCUGGAACCUUGGAUGGCUCGUUGUUUGCUUUCCUCCUCCCUGUGGGAACUGUUAUUUUCACAAAUCUUUUUUCCAUGGCGGUCGUCAUUUUUACUCUGUUGAAGUCCUCCGCCCCUGAUGGCAGCAAGUCGGAUGAGAGGGAGACAUUUAAGAGCAUCAUUAGAGUGUUGAUCUUUCUAACACCAGUUUUCGGAGUAACAUGGGGUAUUGGCUUCCUUCUGCAAAUAUUCAACAAGGACCACGAGGCAUACCCUUUUCUUCUGUACAGUUUCACCAUCCUUAAUUCCUUCCAGGGCCUUUUCGUGAUGUUAACAGGGGUUUUUGCAGAGCCAAAGGAUAAAGGAAAAUAUGACACCAUGAAGAAUUCAACCUCAGCCUCAAACACAAAAGUAAAAAUGAAGGCAAAGGCCGAGCUGGACCCCCUGGCAGGCCGUAUGUUUGACACCCCUGGAUUAGAUCAUCUCAAGAAUAAUCGAGAUCUCACCGCGGAAAUAUGA